CUGUUCUUUGUCACAAAUCCUGCAGAUAUGAUUUACUUGGUGUCUGUCAUCCUGGUGGCUGCCGCUUGCGCUUCUGAAGUGGAGAAGCGAGAGGCGGAGCCAAGCACAGGAUACCUUUAUCCUACUUAUGGUAACCACCAUAACGCCUUACUACCAUGCUGGUCGUUACCACCCUCUUCACAAGAGGUCCGCUGAACCUGAGGCAGAGGCCGAGCCUUCUAACCUUUACUAUCCUAGCUAUCCCCGAAACUACCAUUACAGCUACUCACCAUACCAUCACCACAAGAGAUCUGCUGAACCCAGUUACGGGCCCGUCCCUUUCCACCACCACUCCUACACCUCAUACCAUCACACCUAUACCCCCUACGUAAACCACCCUCAUAAGAGGUCAGCCGAGCCCUCUACCAUCUACCACCACUACAACCGCCACUAUACCCCAUACAACCCCUACGUGCCACCGACCUCAUAAGAGGUCUGCCGAAGCUAACCCUAGCUACCAUUACGCCUACAACCCCUACCAUUACAAUGGAGUCACCUCCGCUCAUGGCUUCCAUUACCGUUACUGAGCAUCAGGAGGUUAAAUGAUAUCUUUUAGCAUUGUUUGUGUCUUACAGUGAAAGAAAUAAAGUAUUUCUGAAUAAAUGCGUUUAUUUUAAUAGUUUUAAAAGUGA